AUGCCCCACGCCCACUCGGACAUGAUGGGUCAACCAAUUGUGAACGGCGAGAAGACUCAUUCUCAAUUCCUCGAUCAUCUCACCUCCUACCCCGUCGUCUCCGACUCCAUCUCCCUCUUCAAGAGCAACCCCUACGGCGCCAAGUCCAUCGAGCUCAGCGACCACGCCUACGCCCGCCUCGCCAAGCCAGUCCUGCCCUACUUCUCCACUCCCUACAGCUAUGUCGCACCUUACCUGGCCCGCGCCGAUGCUCUGGGUGACAAGGGCCUGAGCCAGAUCGACUCGCGCUUCCCCAUCAUCCGUGAAGAAACUCAGAAGAUCCGCGGCACCAUCUACAACACCGCUGGGUUCCCGGUCCGUGUAGCUGGCGACGUCAAGCAGCAUCUCUUCGAGAUCUACGGCUCUGAGUACAAGAAGUGCGGUGGUGAUGGCGUCGUCGCUUCCAGCAAGGCUAUCAUCACGACGAGUCUGGUGCUGUCGACUGAGUCGCUGACUUAUCUCACUACCUGGUUCCAGAAGGCCAAGGAGGAGGCCAAGGAAGUAGUGAACGAGAAGACCAACAGCCACUGA